AUGACCGAUGUCAGCCCUGUCGCGGAGCUUCUGGGACAAGCCCUCUACCACUUCGACCGUCUGAGGCCACUCCUUCCAACUUAUGGGCAUCUAAUCAUUUCUGCUCUUUUUCCGAUUUGGAUCGGCGCACAUGGAUCCUUGACAAGACCUUCCUCUGCCGCCAAACCGAAGAAAAAAUCCGACAAGAAUAAAGAUGAAUAUGACACGGAUGACGAAGAGGGACGUGGCCCUUUGCAGAAGAUGGAAGGGCUUGAGCCAUCAGACGCCCUGAUAUUCCCAUUGACUGCAGGACUUACACUUGGUGGGUUAUACUUGGUGAUCAAAUGGCUCGAAGAUCCGGCCAUCUUGAAUAAGAUCCUUAGCUUCUACUUCUCCCAAAUGGGACUCUUCUUUGCUUUCGCUUUCCUGAAGGAUGUGCUCUCGAUGAUUCGUUCAUUUGUGUUUCCUAGAUAUUACCGCCAAGGUGGACAAUUGUGGAAAGCGAGACAGUCCGAACGCCUUUUCGUGGCAUCUGGGGACCAUUCAGCAAAGCCACACCCCAUUCGGCAUUCACCUCUUCCUGGGAUUUUGGGCCGACUUCCACUCCCUGGUAUGGUGUUAGGUCUGCUUUGGACGUAUCGAAAUGUUUUCUACCAGCGUCUCAAGGUUCGGGCCCAUAUACGUGGCUUAUUUGACUUCAAAUGCCUUGUUGGUCUCCUUGAUAUCAUAAGUGGAAUCCUUGCAUUGUCUGCUGUAGGGUACUUUGCAUUCGUCGCGAACCCCUGGUGGUUGACUAACUUUCUCGGUUUCUGCUUCUGCUACGGCACCCUACAAUUCAUGUCUCCCUCCACAUUCUGGACAGGAACCCUCAUUAUGGGAUCCUUAUUUUUCUAUGAUAUUUACUUUGUCUUCUUCACACCGUUGAUGGUAACUGUUGCAACUAAACUGGAUGUACCGAUCAAGCUCCUUUUUCCUCGUCCGCCCACCGCUCGUGAUGCGCCAGGUGUCGUGCCGUUGGCCAUGCUCGGGCUGGGUGACAUUGUCAUUCCAGGAAUGAUGAUUGGGCUGGCACUUCGCUUCGACCUGUUCCUCUUCUACCAGAAAAAAGGUGCCCAAAUGCCACGCACUGAAGGAUCAGACCAAUCAAUCCUCAAGCCUACGUAUCAGUCGGCAACCGGUGCUUGGGGAGAGCGAUUCUGGGCGCCAUCAGUCAAGCCACUGCAGCCGGAAACUCAGCCCCCCUACCACGAUGCCCGGGCUUUCCCAAAGAUUUACUUCAAGGCUAGUAUAUUCGGCUAUAUUGUUGGGAUGAUCACCACCCUCCUUGCCAUGCAAUAUUCGAAUCAUGCCCAACCAGCUCUUCUAUAUCUGGUACCCGGCGUCUUGGCGUCACUUUGGGGUACUGCACUCAUUCGAGGUGAGGUCAACACAAUGUGGGACUUCUCUGACGCUGAGGAAACGGAAAUUGAAGAGGGAAAGAAGCAAGAUGAAAUCGAGGACAAGCCUUCUCGAGAUCAGAAGAGCCUCUUUAUGCGCAUCUUCUCCGGUGACUUCCUGCGUACAUCAAACGAUAAGAACACAACACUGGACAAUGAACCCAAGGAAGAGGAAAUCGAUGACUCGAAAUCCAAAACAAAAUCAUCCGAAGCAGACGGACAUGAUGCUAAGACGAAGAAAUCUAAAUCGGACCGUGACAGUUUGGACCUGGUCUCUUUCUCCGUAUCAAUUCCUCGCACGCCCAAACAUGAAACCCAGGCUAGCUCGCCGUCCAUGGAAGAGGACGAGGCGGUGUCUGUUUCGAGGGAUGUCAGCGGGGACAACGAACCGCCGUUGAAGAGAAGGCGACGCAGCAUGAUGAACAAGCAAUCAGCAAAUUAG